UUUCGUUCGGUCAUUCUUGCUUGUCAAAAAAAUAAAACGGUCGUCGGGUUGUGUGACUAAUAUCUUUUCAAUAAAAUUAAAUCUAUUCAAUAGUAACAAUUUCAAUUGUUACUCUCCAAAGACUGAUUAUUUAAGUCGUAGUUACUCCAAACAAAUAAAGCAACAAUGACGUCAACCUCCUUCAACGUAGGCCUGGGUGAUGGCGACCGCGUGUCGUCGCGCGUGCUGCGGCCCCCGGGCGGGGGACACACGGACAUCUUCGGAGGGGAGCCCGAGCCCCCGCGCACGACUGGGCGCCGUAUGGUGCCAGGCGCCACUGCUGCUGGCGGUCAAUUCGAAUACGACGGCGGCAGGGCUCAACCAGCGGCGGCUCAAAACGGCGACGGUCACCAAAACGGUGCCUCGGCUGAACCUAAGGCGGAACCCAAACCGGAAACCCCUAAGGAAGAGGCCAAGCCGGCCCCGGCCCCGCAGGCCCCACAAGCGGAGGCCCCGAAGCGUGUGCGAGUCCCCCCGGGCGGUUUCUCAUCCGGCCUGUGGUAAGGAAGCUGGGUCAGAGGGUAUCACAACAACAUGCAAGCGAAACGCGGCGUAAACCUCAGAACACGGAUCUGACAGAUGACGUUCAGUUGUCUAUGGUCUUGUGCUGAGGCGCGCCGCGCUCGCUCGCUGAUUCCAUAUUUGAAUUCGUUCGAUGAUUGAUUUGGGGUUUGGUUGGUUAUGUUUUUCUUUUUAUUGUAACAACUUUUUAACUGCCAGUGACAUUUCAAUGUUUAACUUUUACAUGAAUGUGACGAUUUACUUGUGUGUGUAAAAUGUAAUGUUGCUGAACCCGUUUCGAUUGGAUGACUGAUGAGGCCGUAAGUUCAGGCGUGUGAUACUCUCACGGUGCUUUUUUUGUUUGGCAUUUAGUGUUGACGCGCUGGGACCAGGUAAUAGCUAGGAAUGUAUUUAAGUUGUCUUCUAAUAUUAUCUGCCUGUCUUCUGUGACAAAUUCGUUACCAAAAAAUAAUAACUACCCUAUUUGUCAUUAUAACAUAAGUAAUUUGAUACAAUAAUGAUUACGAUUUAUUCCAUUAAAAGCAUUUUAUUGUAUAACUUUUAAGCUAACAAGCUCAAUAAGAAACGAAACAUUUGAAAUUAAGUUUUUGUAUUAUUAAUGUUUAGACUAGGAAUCAUGAUAGGUUUCUUAGAAUUGGCUAGGUCUUUGAGAUUAUAAUUACUGGUCCCAAGCUUAGUUUUGUCCAGUGCGCUGGCUAGAAGCUGUUCUCUUGUAUAAUCCUCGCGAAGCUAUUUAGCUAUUCUAGUAUUUUUUAAUAAACAAUUAGGUCUCUUUUUAAUUAUUUAGUCUAGCUUCGAGACCCUUUAAGUAACAUUGUAAUAACUAAUAUUUUAAUACUUUUCCCUUAAAACAUAGGUUUUUUCCGUGCCGGUUUUGUGCUGGUUUCUUUUAAAAGUAGGUGUUUCAACUGCGAUGGUCACUGAUUGAAGUAGGAAUUGCAAGCAUAUUUAAUUGUGGAUCUUUUGACGAAUUUAUGUCUCUUAUACACAUUGGAUGUUGAUGUUUAGUGUCGUAAUUUUUGUAAAAUUUUACGCUCAUUGUUUUGUAAGUCUCUUGGCUAGGCAUUUUAGUACAUACCGUUAAAAUACAAAAAAAUAUGGUUGCUCUACCAUUUCGCAACAUCGGAGAAAGAGUAAAAAAAUUAAGGUCUACUAAAAUGCGUAGGCAGUGUAAAAUAGACUGAUAUGUGCCUAUCGUUAAUGUAAAAUGUACUUAACUGUGUUGUCUCAAAUAGCAUUUCAUGUUUCACAAUGAUUAAUUAUUACGUUUCAUUAUAAAAUAAUAAUUUGUUUGCCUGCGUCGGCAGUCGCGCGAUUAUGUAUUAUAUAUUGAUGAUAAUUAAUUGUAUUUUUAUAUGAAUUACAAUUCGGUAAUAACUA